AUGGCAAUAUUGCUAUCAACAAUCUGUCUAGCCUUUAAAGUACGACGGGGCCGAUCGGAGUUGGUCGUUCCAGCGAAGCCGAAGCCUACACCGUACGAGUUUAAGCAACUUUCUGAUAUCGAUGAUCAAGAAGGCCUCAGAUUUCUACUUCCGAUUAUACAAUUCUACAAGCAUAAUCCGAACAUGGAGGGAAGUGAUCCAGCAAAGGUAAUAAAAGAGGCAAUUGCAGAGAUGUUGGUGUUUUACUAUCCUUUUGCAGGCAAGAAACUGUUUGUGGAGUGUACGGGUGAAGGUAUCUUGUUCAUUGAAGCAGAUGUGACUUUUGAACAGUUCGGUGAUACUCCUCGACCUCCAUUCCCAUGCCUAGAAGAACUUCUUUGUGAUGUUCCAAAUCAUGGUGGGAUUCUUAAUUGUCCAUUGUUGCUCGUCCAGGUUACCCGACUCAAGUGCGGAGGUUUCAUCUUUGCCCUUCGUCUAAAUCACACCAUGAGCGAUGCUUCCGGCAUCGCCCAAGUCAUGACGGCAGUUGCCGAGAUCGCCCGUGGCGCCUCCACUCCAUCCAUCCUUCCGGUCUGGCAAAGAGCUCUCUUAAACGCCAGAGACCCUCCGGCGCCCACAUUCCCCCGCCACGAAUACCCCAAAAUCACCGCCGGUGCCGCUGCUCCCCUCGCCGACGUCUCUCACCGCUCCUUCAUUUUUGGCCCCGCCGACAUCUCCGCCGUCCGCAAAACCCUACCCCUCCACCUCCGCCGCCAAUGCUCCGCCUUCGACAUCCUCUGGCGCCUCCGCACAAAAGCCCUUCGCACCAAUCCAGAGCAACAAGUCCGCAUACUCUGCCCCGUGGACGCCCGCUCCAAAUUCAACGACCCCCCAUUGCCAUCCGGGUACUACGGCAACGCCAUCGCCUUCGCCGCCGCGGCCACCACCGCCGGCGAGCUCUGCCGGAACCCAGUGGCGUUUGCAGCGGAUCUGGUCCGGAGGGCGAAGGCGGAGGUGACGGCGGAGUACAUGAAAUCGGCGGCGGAUUUGAUGGCGAUGAAUGGGCGGCCGGGAUUCGAUGUGGGCGGUGGGGCGUUUGUAGUGUCUGAUGUUCGGAGGGCUGGAUUUGAGAAUGUGGAUUUUGGGUGGGGAGCGGCGGCGUACGGCGGGCCGGCGGAGGCAGGGCAUAAUGGAACUCUUGGAGUGGCGAGUUUUUUUGGAACUUUGAAGAACAAAAAUGGGGAAAAUGGGAUUGUGGUGCCUCUGGUAUUGCCUGCUGCGGCCAUGGAAAGAUUUGUGGUCGAAAUUGGUGUUUUGUUGAAGGUUGAAGAAGAUGGAAACCAGAAGGGGAAGUCUAUAUCUGCUCUGUAAUGGUACUAGGAAGAAUUUUGGAUCAUAUUCUUAUGAAAACGAUUGCUUUAAAUGUCGAUGGAUAUAGUUUCGAAAUCUAUCAAUCAUGGAUAAUUGUUUGAUACGUUGAACUCACAAAUAGAAUGAUAAAAUAUU